AUGGCAGUUCGUUGCUAUAGCUCCUCCAUCUUGGUUGUCAUCUCUUUGCUCCUUUUGCUUACUUUCUCUAAUGUAGCUGAGGCUUAUGGACGCGCAAAGCUUCGACCUUCAGAUUGUAAACCAAGGUGUAGUUAUCGUUGUUCUGCAACUUCACACAAGAAGCCAUGCAUGUUUUUCUGCCAAAAAUGUUGUGCUACAUGUCUCUGUGUUCCACCGGGUGUGUAUGGAAACAAGCAAGUUUGUCCUUGUUACAAUAGUUGGAAGACAAAGGAAGGAAGACCAAAAUGCCCUUAA